AUGGAUUACUCGAGACUCAAAUCACCCCAUAACCCCCCGCUACGAAUCAUCAUCGUGGGUGCCGGUCUAGGAGGUUGCGCAGCAGCAAUUGCGCUCCAUCACCAUGGCCACGAGGUUGUCGCUGUUCUCGACAAAGUCCGCAGCUUUCAGCGGCUGGGAGACUCGCUUGGACUAGGCGAGAAUGCAUUCAAACUCCUCGCUCGCUGGGGCUGCAACGUCAAGGAGAUCCAAGAAAUCGGCAAUCAGGCCCCGACAAUGAAGAUCCGGCGAUGGCGCGAUGGCAAGGUCCUCGCCGAGCAGCCGCUCAUGGACAUGGCUGGCUACAUUGGCCACCGAGGUGACUAUCACGACAUCUUUCUCAAAUGGGUCCGCGAACGCAACAUCCUGAUCCGCAUGGGCUGUGAGGUAACAUCUUUCGAUGACUCUGACCCCACACCCUCGCUCACCCUCGCCUCGGGCGAGGUUAUGACGGCAGACGUCAUUGUGGCAGCCGAUGGUAUCAAGUCGCUAGCUCGGCACCUCGUCCUCGGCGCUCGCGACGACCCCGUAUCGAGCGGUUACGCGUGUUUCCGUGCUUAUUUCGAGCCGAGCGAGGAGAUGAAGGCGGAUCCAUCUCGCAACGCAUUUCUAGGCGGAGACAACGUCAAUUUCUGGAUUGGCCCUGAUGUCCAUGUGGUGCAGAACACGCUGCGUGGUGGACGUGAGUUCAACUGGAUCCUGACGCAUAAAGACGACGGGGAUGUGCCCGAAUCAUGGUUUCAGCCCGGCGACAUGGACGAAGUGCGCCGGCUUGUAGCGGACCUGGACCCUAAUAUUCGCGAGGCCAUUAAGUCAACCGAGAAAUGCCUAGACUGGAAAAUCUGCUACCGAAAACCGUUGCCCACCUGGGUCUCGCCGCAGUCGCACCGCAUUGUCUUGCUAGGAGAUAGCUGCCACGCGCAUCUGCCCACUUCGGCGCAGGGCGCGAGCCAGGCAACCGAGAGCGCUGGGGCCUUGGCCGUGUGUCUGAGCCUGGUGGGUAGGGAAGAGGUCAAGAUUGCGACAAGAGCGUACGAAAAGCUGCGGUUUCCACGGAUUCGCGUCAGCCAGAGGCAUGGAGAGGACUUGCGGGACCGGUGGCACAACGCGCUCAAGAAUGUGGAGGAGGAUGUCGAGAUAGAUCCGGAGGUGGUUAAGAUUAAGAACCGGCCCCUGUACGCAUUCGACUCGGAACAGGAUGCAAGGGACAGGUGGGAUGAAGUUUCUUCGAGAGUGCGCGCUGAGUUCGCCGAGGGGAAAAUCGAACCACUCAGGGACUAG